GUUUUUGCUUCUGAAUGUGCACAAUCAAGAUGAGUUUUAUUAGGGGAUGUGCAUAAAAUCGUUGUUGCAUCAACUGCUAAAUAUUACAGUGUCUAAAUAUUACAUCUGCAGUGUCUGCUCCUGUUUCCUUAAUUCUCCUAUGUUGCCCCCACGUUUGGGUUUGUGUUGUCUGUUUGUGUACCCUUGUAAGUGUGGGCUGGGCGCCUCCUCCAAUCAACUCAUCUACUCACCUGUUAGUCAUCAGCUCAUCAGCCACCACUCUCCUCUGCAGCUUCAAAACCCAGUGUGAAUCUUCACUCCCUGCCAGUUCGUCAGCUACCCUGUUGGUACACUCUGGACUAGCAUUUCAGAUUUUUGACCUGUUGACUUAUUCUAACUGUCCUGUUUAUUUCUGUUUGCCUCUAGCCCUGCCGUCUCCACUGCCACUCUGUCGGUGCGCCCAGUCCUCCUGCUUUUUUUGUUUUCCUCCAUCAUUUCUUGGAUCUCUGGUUCCCCCAGCUUUAUUUUUGAAGAGUUGAAUAAACCAUACUUUCAUCCUUCUCAGUCUGGUGUGGUCUGAAUUGUGGGUCCCACUUCUGCCUAGAAGCUCAAAACUUAAAUCUUUGCACUUAAGGUAUUUAAGCAAGUUCUCACUUUUCAUUUAAAAUGCAGUUGAGGUAAAGUCGAUCAUUACUUUAUUUGAUUCUUUUUGAAAAUAAGAGCUUUUGUCAUUGAUUUAGCAAUAUCUGAUUAAAAAGUAACCCCAGGACCCAAGGGAAGAAUGAUUUAUUCCCCAAUAACAGCAGGGUUAAUAGACCUUCAAGGCUUUUAACAUUUAUUUCAAAUUUUGAAUUACAAUUGUGUUUCACAUCAAAGCAUUAGUCUAUUUUUAGCUCUCCUGCAUGUAUCAGUCUUUCUAUUCAUGUAGUGGUGAGAUUGGAAAUCCCAAUUACAAACCAGCUGAUGAGAUUAAAAAGAGAUUCUUUUGUAAGACUGAAUAUCUGUGGCAUUAUACUGUGAAUGAAAACGCUGAAUAUUCAACACUAACUGUGCAAAUCGAUUUUUUGCCAUAUAGACUGGAUAUUGAUUUUUCUUUUCAAACCCAUGCAACAUCACAGGAUCCCCCACAAUACACCGUCGCCAUGGCAGCACACACACACACACACACACACACACAUGCACUCAGACAGAGAGAUUGACAGUGACUGGAGGAAAAAAAUUAUGCAUCACAUUCUUCUAUGGGCAUCAUUAGAUAAACAAACAGGGAAAAGUCAUGAAAGCAUGAUGCAGAUUGUCAGACUUUUUCCUGCGUUUCCCUGAUGCUGCUGUGAAGAGCCGGCAGAGAGGAGAGUAUGGCGGCUAUCCCCGUCUGUGAUUAGUGACCAUGAGGAUGAUAGGAAAACGGGGGGGAGGGGGUUGUUGUGGCGGUGGAGGAAAGGGGCGGGCUCCCUGUAUGGAAAAGGAUGAGGAGGAGGAGGCGGAGGAGAUGAGGGAGGACGCGUUGUCUUUGUACAAUUGGAGGCAAGCAGGGAGUGAGGCAGCAUCUGUGUGAGGCGAGAGAAGGAACCUGCGUAGAAUGGAGGAAAGCUAGAGCUGUAGAGCCGCUGCUGUCAAUUCCAAGAUCACCACCACUCUGGAUUGUGGGACUUAGAGCAGGUAUGUGUGCAGCAUUUACUGUGUGAAUUUUGUCACUUACUUCAGAGAGGGUCAGGGUAGCAAGGUGAGGAGAGAAAGAUUUUUUUUGGCUUGUAUAGGAUGCCUUCUAUUAAAGGUAGGCUAUGAACUGCUUUUCAUUAUCUUCUUUCUUAUAUCUUUCACUGCCAAUUCAAUUAGAUCCACAACUAAUAUUGCUUGCAGAUUUACUGGAGGUAAAUCUACAAGCAAUCCCAAUCUACUGGCUACCUUUAGAUUUGAACCCUCAACCCAAGUCAUAAAUAAAUCCAUAUUUUGCAAUAGCCUUUCUUGUAUUUAUUUGUUUGUUUGUUUUAUUCCCAGCUCUGUGAUGCCCGAGGGACCAGCUGUGUGGAUCCGAUGCCACCUCUGAUAUGAUGGUGAGAGCAAGAGGUGCAGCCACCACUCUCGCACUGCUGCUGCUGCUGCCGUUGCUGUGCUGUUGCCACCUGUGCCACUCGCUGCGUAAGUUGCCAAAAGACUGAAAAUAAACGCCUCAUCAAAUUAUUGGGAUAGCUUGAGUGUGACAGAUGGUAUAGAUGAGGAUGAGCUGGAUUCAAGUGGGUACAUAGAAACUGGGGUGGAAAAAAUGUAGAUUUGGCAGAUGGUCAGUGAGGGAGGAUCUAAGCAUGAAAUUUUCGAGUUGAACAAAAAUAAAUGGGUGCCAUUAGAUCCUCCUCCCUUCUAGUUCUAAGUUUUAUUAAAUUUAAAGGGCUAUUCCUCAAGAGCUGAUAGUUUUAGGUGCACUUAAGCAAUGAAAACUAAGCUAAGUGUGCUCAAGUACAAGCACACUGCACAAGUUAUGAGCCUCUUUCAUGGCUUUGACAUGUGAGUACGAAAAAAACCCAAAUUUUUUUCCCCAAACAUUGACUUUCUCUUAAGUCCUAAGAACAAGCAUGUGUUAACAACUGAGGUGGUAAACAACCAAAGCUUCAUUCAUUCAUUGACCUGGCCAUUUUAGCUGCCAAUUCUUGUUUGCUUCAAGGCACCGUGUUGUGAGCUAAAAUCCCUCUGAGCUUUCAGAAAAAUUUGACUUUCCAUCCAUCAUGUAUCUUGUUUAAGGCCACAGAGGUCUGGAGCUGAUCCCAGCUGUCAUUGGGCAACAGACGAGGUAUGCAGUGGACAGGUCGCCAGUCAGUCUGAGGGCAGCAUAAUAAAAAAAUAAAAGCUUUUUUCCUGUUUAAUUUACAACCUAAAUGUUUCUAUGGCUGGUAUGUACCUUUUGAGAUCUUUCUUUUUAAAUUAAAAAUUAAGCACAGCAUAAAGCAUAUGGUUAUUAGAGAAAAGGUAACCAAAACAGCCACUAAAGCAGUCACGAUGACAAAUUAGAAUUUGUACAACUUAAAACCAACAACUAGUAGCAGUGAUUCAUACUGAAGUGAACACAGCACAGCUAUACGGACAGCUGAUAGUGUCAAAUGAUUAACUGGGUCAGUAAAGUGUCGUAAAAGUCAGGAGAGGUGAGCAAUGAUGUUAGAGUUCACACUCAUAUUUUGAAUAAAGUCUAAAUGUAGAUUAGAUUAGAUUGGAUAGAACUUUAUGGAUCCUUUUGGGAAGGUUCCCUGAAGGACAUUUAAAAAAGAUUAAUACAACAUAAAACCUAACAGAGAAGAAAAAGAGAAGAGUCAUUGUUGCCAUGACAGUGUCUGUGCAUAUAUGUGCAGUGUUUUUGAAUUCCUUCCUCCAUAUAUUGGGCAGAUAUUUCCAUCUCUAAUUGAUGCUUUGCAUAUUUUGCUCUCUGUCACAAUAUCUCACCCACCAUAAACCUGGUAUCAAGGUAAUCCAGGCUGUCUGUAGUCUAUCAAUUCAUACAUCCAUUAUAUAUCAGUUUCUACUUGGUGUUCAUAAACUCUAUUGAAGUGCAGCCCACAGAUGGCAGUAAGCACUGACUCAGCUCUCCUUAAAUAUGCAGGGAUCAUUGAAUUUUAAAUAUUUAUACUUCUCAGCAUGAGGUGCAAAUUAACUCAACUGUUACCUCGCAGCACAGUCAAUUUUCUUCUGGAUAUGCAUGUAAAUGAUUUUAUACAUUCAACUCAUUAUACAGCUAUAAAUAGAAUCCAUCAGAGCCUGCAGUUUGCUGUUGAAUCAAGAAAGUUGAUGGUGAUGGUGUAGGAGAGGCUGCAGGACUGAUGAAUUUUCUUAUCAUGCAGUCAUUGAUUGGGGGUGUUACAGCCUUGUCUUUAUUGAUCCGUGAGCACUGGAAGGUUGACACCGAGCAUUUGUGCUUGGUCUUGUGGUAGAUUCCCAGCUACGUUCUGGCUCCAUAAAUUCAGUAUAUUACCGCUUUGCGAAUGAUUUAAGGAGCGCAAUGAAAGAAAUUGUGUGUAGUUCACAGUGUAAUCGAUGUGUUCUGCUGUGUAGAGGAGCCUUGCUUCAGCAAAACAAUGCGCCAGUUCGACUGCAUUUUAUACAGUACACAACUCAAGCACUGUGCCUGCACUUAUUGAUGUAAUUGCACACGUUAGUCCGAGGAACAUUUGUCAAUACACAUGUAAGGAUCAGCCUACAUUAUCUAAUGUAAAGUGCAAAGUUCUGGCCUGUAGCCCUGGCCUUUUGGAGCACAUGAACAUCCUUUACUUUCUAAUUCACACACUUCUCAAAUCAACCUACAUUUACACUAGUUUCAUUGGAAAGCAGGGAUUUUUUUUUAAGAUGCCCUUUGAAGUGAAUGCCUGCAUUAUUUAUAAUCACCAUGCAUAUGAGUCACCCUGCAGAACAGGUAAAUAAGUAUUUUGCUUUCUCGCUGUGAUGAAUGAGAAGAGGAAAUGCAGCAGAUAAGAAGAGAAACAACAACAAAAAAAACCCUGCUGUGGUUUUUCUAAUCAAAUCUGUUCUGCUGGUUUAGCUCAUAAAACUGUGCAAUGCUGUUUAUGCGCCUGUAAGUGCCUCUUUGAUAUAAAAGUGGGCAAAUGAAAUAAGAAACCUAAUCAGACAUAUACUGCACUCAUUGCUGCUACAUUGAGUGAGUGUGAAAUCCACUCUUUUUGAUACUGGUGCCCAGGCUUCAAUAUGUUAAAAUAUCAUCACUGUCUGAAUUGAAGCUGUACUCUCUCUAGAGUGUUUUCGUGAAGGUCAAACCCAGAAGCUCUUGAAAUAAACACAGUAGAAAGGUCAGGGAGGUGAAUGUGAUGCUGUCUGAGAGUCGUAACAGUCGUAUCAAAGCAAGAUCUUUAUGGGACUAUGAAUAAACCAAGGUGAAUGGCUUUAAAGUUCAUAUAAAACCCUAAAAUUUUCUCCUUCAUGCCUUUUAGGGGUUCCAAAACUCUCUGCCUAUGCCAAAGCAGAGGACAAGCUGUUCAAAUACCUCUUUGGAAACUACCAGAAAUGGGUCCGGCCAGUGGAACAUUUAAACCAGACAAUUCGUGUGAAGUUUGGACUGGCCAUCUCCCAACUGGUUGAUGUGGUGAGCACAGAUUAUUGAUAUUGUUUAUGGCUGUGUGUCAAAGGCUGCACAGCAUUCAUGUAAAACAAAGCAGGGUUGAAAAACAGAGAGCUGUUCAAACUGGUGCUAAAUUAAAAUGCUUUGACUCGUGAAAUUGAACUGUUUUCAUUUCACUGUUCCAGGAUGAGAAAAAUCAGCGGAUGACAACCAAUGUGUGGAUGAAACAGGCAAGUACAGACGGUCAAAACACAGCACUUCACUUUUGACAUGAUUAGUUUAUAUCCAGAGAAUUGCUGUGAAGUAAUCUCCAACAACCUCUGGCUUACAUAGCACUCAAACACAGUUGAUCAGCCUCUUCACACCCUCUUUUAAUCUGGUCAGGUGGCAUUUCACCAGCUCUCCUUAUCUCAAUGAGUCCUUCUAUUGCUGAGUGCCCACGCACCUUUCAUCAUAAGCCCUGUCCUCCCCCUCUCCUGCUCCUGUCACCCUUAUUCAUGGUCAUGGGCGACGUAGCUGUCAUGCAUGUUAUGAAUUAUCCCGGAGGACCAGGCUCUGCUGUGCAGAGGUCAGCUGCUUCCUUUCACAGUGAUUGAUAGUAUCAUGUAAGAGAGAAAUGAAGGGUACUGACCCUCAUCAUGUCUAUCUGUCACUGUCAUUAAUGACGCAGAAAGACGGCUUACCCUUCAUAUCGUUCUCUCACAAGGUAUUUAUUAUGUUCAGCAUAACUACACCUUUUUCCAUAGAUUUCUCGAGUGGUAACUUUGUCACAAUAAACUUUUGCUCUUUGCCGGAAGCCUAUAGAUGUUUUUUUCAGCAGGCUUAAGCUUGACUCAUGCUCUGUGUUAGCAUGAUUAUGUAGCAGCAAAAUCUGACAUGCAAAAAGAAGAAAUUUUGACAUUUUCCAUAUUAGGCAUACUUGUAUACUUGUUUUUUCCACUAAAAAUGUGACAAGAAAACUGGGAGGAGAGCAGGGGGAUCUGAACCAGUUUUUACUUGAGGCUAUUUUAAAGGGUUUGACAAAACAAGACAAGUUUGAGACAUCUUUGUGGUUUUGCGUAAAGAUAAAGUUUACAACUUCAAUUGCUGGUUUUCUUUUGCAAAGUCCACACCCAAACUAGAACCAAAUCAAGCUCAAACAACGAAUGUCAUUGAUAUAAACUGCACAAAAAGAAAAGUAAAUAUUGAUCUACUUUGGCCACAAGCGUUUACAAUGACAGUCUUCAUUUAGCUUUGGUUAAAUAGCCAAGCAGGUGUGCACAGUUCUUCCAGAGCUGAGCUGCUAACUCAACUUGCCAACCAUUCUGGCUUAUGCGUGUAAUCCAGUGGGUUAGAGCUGGCAUCAUCAUUAUGGUUAAAUCACAUUUUGCAACUUACUAAAAGACGAACACAUGAGUGAAAAUUUUGCAAGUUUGUCUAAUUGUUCAGGCUUGAGAACCAUGACCCCUUAAACAUGAAAAAUACACUUUGACCUGUAAAAACUGUUUGUUACACUUAGAGAUGUUUAUUCUACAUGCCUCACUCCUGUUUAAACACCAGCAUACAUGUGUUCCCUUUUAUUCAUUAAAUUAUGUGUUUAAACAAGCGGCUUUUGAGAUGCUCCUGCUGGACACAUUUUGUUGAGAAAAUAAGCUCCUUUUUUGUCUUCAGUCUUUUUGCUGCUGGUUGUUUCUUCUUAGCACAGAGACAUAGUUGUUAUCAACAUUUUCAUCAAGCCUGGCAUGACAGCUAAUUUGCAUAUUUCCCAAAAUGUCAAAGCUUUCCUGCUAAGCCCCCAUGUCUUCAUUUUACGGUGCUUAACUUCUGUUUUCUCGUCAACCUAGGAGUGGGUUGACAUGAAAUUGAGAUGGAACCCAAAUGACUAUUUGGGCAUCACGAUUAUACGAGUCCCCUCUGACAGGAUCUGGCUUCCUGAUGUCGUACUUUAUGAUAAGUAUGUAUGCAUGGAGGACAAUGUCCUGGUUUGAACAAUGACUAGAAAUAAAAAUAAGCCUCUGUGUGACAGUUAUGAUCUCAUAUCUUAGAGGAAUGACUCUCUUCUUUUCACAGUUCAGAUGGGCGUUUUGAGGGUACAGUCACCAAGGCUGUUGUUAAGUAUGAUGGAACCAUAUCAUGGACACCACCAGCUAAUUACAAGUCAGCCUGCACCAUUGACGUCACCUUCUUCCCUUUUGACCUGCAGAAUUGUUCGAUGAAGUUUGGAUCCUGGACUUAUGAUGGCUCCCAGGUGAGUCUCUGUUCUUCAGUGAAUGCAUUUAACACCAGAGUAAAUCCUGACCAGUGACUGAUAUGAGGCUAUCUCUAUGAUUAUCAGGUGGACAUCACUCUGGAGGACUUUCAUGUGGACAAGCAGGACUAUUUCGACAAUGGUGAAUGGGAGAUCGUGAAAGCCACAGGCAGUCGUGGUGUUAGGACAGAUGGCAGCUCUUUCUAUCCCACCAUCACCUACUUCUUCAUCAUCCGCAGGCUCCCUCUUUUCUAUACUCUCUUCCUCAUCAUCCCCUGCAUCGGCCUGUCUUUUCUCACCAUCCUCGUCUUCUAUCUACCUUCAAAUGGUGGAGAGAAGAUCUCUCUCUGCACCUCAGUCCUGGUGUCACUCACCGUUUUUCUUCUGGUCAUCGAAGAGAUCAUCCCCUCUUCUUCUAAGGCUAUCCCCCUCAUCGGGGAGUACUUGGUCUUCACCAUGAUAUUUGUCACGCUCUCCAUCAUCAUCACUGUCUUCGCCAUCAACAUCCACCAUCGGUCUUCGUCCACACACCAUGGCAUGGCACCCUGGGUGAGGAGGAUUUUCCUGCAUCGGCUGCCUAAGCUGCUGUGCAUGCGCAGCCAUGCAGAUCGUUACGCCACAGCUGGAGCAGCCAGAGCCGGGAGAGCAGUAGGACUGGGUUUGACGAAAGACCCGGCACCUGAACUGACACCACUUCUGUAUACCAGACACAGCCUGGAAGCAGCUCUGGAUUCUAUUCGCUACAUAACAAUGCAUGUGGUCAAAGAAAAUGAGGUCAGAGAGGUGAGUGUACAGGAUUUUGUGUAUUUAUAAAGCACAUAAGUUGGAAGCAAUAACAAAACAAGCUUUUAGAAAAGCAUCAGAUUCAGACUUAAAUGAGAUAUAGGACAUGGCAAAGUAUGCCAGCCAAUUCAUCUGUCUGGCACUGUUAGUCAUUGGUCAACAAAAAAAGAUUUUUCACAAACAGAAGCAAACAAAACAAUAAAAUAUGUGCCUCAGCUGCCACUUUGAAAUAUUGGUUCAUAGUGUAAAAAAGGAAUUAUGAUUUGAUUUAUGUAUAAAUAAAAAAACAGCAAAUGAUUGAAAUUCAAGAUAAAAACAUUCACAGAAGAAAAAAGAGCAGUUUUGAGUUAUUAAUAUUAUACUCUCCCAGAUAGCUGCUGGCCUAAGCAUAGCAUGUUGAUGAAUGCAUAGCUUGCAGUUAGGUUUAGAUUGUCUUAGUGUACUGGGCCAGGCAAAGGUAGAAUUGUAUCACAUCUAUACUGGGUUAGUGGUUUAGUCUACAGCUGGUAAAAAGUCAUUCAAAUACUAUGUCAAACAUCACACUAUACAUAAAAAGUAUGGUAAAUUUUGAUUUAGCCAAUCGUUUUACUGGCUUCAUUUGUGUUUUGUGAAAAAAAAGUCAUGGAAAAGAAAUUUAAAGAUGGAUUAUUGUAGUCUUAUAUAAAAAUAUGACUGUAUACAUUUCUAUUACAGUUGAGAAUUUAAAGGCUGAAUUUUCUUCUCGUAUUGUUUCAGGUGGUUCAAGAUUGGAAGUUUGUUGCCCAGGUCCUGGAUCGAAUGUUUCUUUGGGCCUUCCUCUUGGUUUCCAUCCUGGGCUCAGCUCUCCUCUUCAUCCCAGUUAUUUACAAAUGGGCCAACAUCAUCGUCCCUAACCAUGCUGGCAGCAUGCUCUAAUAAACACAGUCCAGCUAAUAACACACAAAUAGAGGCAAAGCACAUUAAACAGUUUGUUAUGGGUCAGAUUUGAGAGUGAAAGACUGAGAUUGGCCCCCAGAUACUGGUUCUGCUCUGAUUAUCUGCAGUCCUUUCGUGAGCUGCAGCUGUGCCAGAGAUCAAAAAUCAGUUUAUCAAACAGAAACAUGUUUUAUAGAUUGACAGGGGUUUAGAGAGAAUUUGUGAGAAAACUAAUUAAAAAAAAACAAAAAAAAAAACGAUUUAGUUCAAACCAGCUCUUUUCAGCACGACUCGGUUGGCCCAUUUGCUUUUUCCUUUGCCAUUUAUAUGAAAAGCUUUUCUGCUUUUUCUGUAAGGCAUACUUCAUAUAAAAGUGGUGAUUGGACUUCUGAUCUUACGAUUAGAUGCCUGAAAAUACGCACAUUUCCCCUUUAAUGUUUUUAAAGGUAAAGAUUUCAAUUAAAUGAUUAAAAAAAACAAGAGCAAGGGAGCAAGAACAGAAACUAGACACAUAAAACUAUACUUUUAUACUCUAUAUUAGUUUUUCUGCUGUCUUUGAACGCCUGCACACAUUCAGAGAAGCAGUUACACAAUCCACAGAUGACUAUUCAGAGUGUAGCAGGUCAAGCUCUCCUUCUUUGAGUCCCAUGUGGAUUAAUUGUCUCUAUUUAUUACACUCAACCGUGCAUGGGAUGAAAGCUAGAUGGACUUUCAUGCCAAGACUUGAAUUUCUCAGGCACCACUGCUUUUCAGCCUGAGGACACAUUCUUCUGAAGACUGUACUUCUAUCUUUUGUAGAAGAUCAGUGAAAGGUGGCGCAGCUCUAGGAUGGUUUCAGCUGACUGUAGCUCAGAGUCAAAACCUGGCUUUAUCUAAAAUGAAAACAGGUCUUGAUGUUAGACUGAUGUUGCAUGCAGAAACCUCAAUCGAUGUGAUUUAGAGACAUGUAACAAAAGGUUCUCUCCUAACAACACCAGUGUAUUCAAGAACCAGGAAGAAGCUCUUUUAGUCUUUGUUGAGCCUGCACUGCCACUGCAUGGUCAUGUCGUCACAUUACAGCUACAAAGAGGCAACAAAGGCACAAAGACCAGCAUGGACUUGUUGGUGACUGAGGUGGUGAAAUCUGAAAUAUAUACUACUAUCAGUUGCUGCAACACUAAAUGUAGAGAAUGUAAAUAAAAAAGUGAUCAGCAAAAUCUUAUGAAA